ACCGCGCGCAGCCUCAUUUUCCCCGAAUCCCGGCGGCGGGUGACGGGAGUGGGGUAGUUGGGAGAGGGCGCCGGGCAACACUCUCACCCGGCGUGGCGGCUGGUGUGCGGAUCGCCGCGGGAGAGAGGCGCGGAAUAAAAGGGAAGCAAUGCAGAAAUCAGAGUGCCAUGGAGGAGUACAUAUGAGAAACAGAAAGGCAGGUAGCUGUGAUCAAAGGACAUUGUCAAGCAUACAAAUAAAACAUAGGACUACAGUUCAAAAAAGCAACUCCUCAUCCUCAACCAGUUCUCCAGAGACUGCAAGAAAACUUCAUCCUCGACCAAGUGAUAAACUUAACCCUAAGACCAUUAACCCGUUUGGUGAACAGUCACGAGCUCCUUCUGCAUUUGCAGCCAUUUACUCUAAAGGAGGUAUUCCUUGCAGACUGGUCCAUGGUUCAGUGAAACACAGAUUACAGUGGGAAUGUCCUCCUGAAAAUCUUCCAUUUGAUCCUCUUCUUAUUACUUUAGCUGAGAAAUUCUUUCUGUCUCGUGGUUUGAGAGAGACUAAACAUCCAUACACCUUUGUGUCAAAGGAGGGUUUUAGAGAAUUACUGUUGAUCCAAGGAGCUCCUGAGAAAGCUGUACCUUUGCUUCCAAGACUGAUUCCUGUGCUAAAGGCAGCUCUGGUCCACCUGGAUGAUGAAGUGUUUGCAAGAGGACUGAAUGCUCUCGUGCAGCUGAGUGUCGUUGUCGGUCCAUCUCUAAAUGACCAUCUUAAACAUCUGCUUACAAGUCUUUCCAAGAGACUGAGGAAUAAGAAAUUCAAAGAACCAAUCACUAGUGCUUUACAGAAGCUAGAGCAGCAUGGUGGAAAUGGAAGCCUUAUCAUCAUCAAAUCUAAAAUUCCAACAUAUUGCUCCAUAUGCUGUUGAAGAAGGGAGCCCACAAAAAUCCUGUUACUCCCUGGUGACAGGUGUUAAAUAAUGACCAUGGGUACCUAGGGAACCUUUUCAGAUUCACUUCCGUUUAUUCUUUUGUCAGUCACAGUCACCAUUCAUUAUUUCCUAGAUUAAGAUGAGUAUACGCAGUUCCACUGAAUCAUAGUAAAAGUUAUUCAUCAACAACAACAAAAAAGAAUGGUCAAUGAUGGAAAGCUAUUAAAAACAGUUCUAUAAUA